GGGUCUGGCGGUUCCAAGAUGGCGGCGGGGCCGGCGCCGGCGGUGUGAGGCGGGAGCGUGUCGCCGCCGCCCGCUUCUCCUCCCCCCCGCCCCGCGCCCCGGCCCCGCUCCCCGCCCCGCAGCCGGCGGGAUGCUGAGAUCCACCGGCUACUUCCGCGGCAUCGACUGCCCCUUCCUCAGCGCCGGGGGACCGGGGCCGGGCGGGGGGCCGCCCUGCCGCCGGCCCUACUGCCACUUCCGGCACCCCCCGGUGGCGGCGGCGGCGGCGGCGCGGUGCGGAGCCUCCGGCGGCCUCGGCGCGGGGGUCGCGCUCGGCCACGGCGCAGAUCGGGGCUAUGAUCCCUACAAUCCAGAGCUUCCAAGGCCCUCACUGGAGACGGAGGAUGGUGCUCUGGCUGAUGUUACCGAUGUGACACCCGGUAUUUUGGAGCUGGAGCUGGUCAACAAGGCUAUCGAGGCAGUCAAAAACGAAGUUGAGAGAGAGCAGAAAAAGUAUGAGGAGCUACUAGAAACGACAAAGGAGUUCAGUGCUUCAGAGGCCUCCUCACUCAUUUCAAGUACACCCGUGUCACCUGCUGGGACACAAAAUGACUCAUUUACCUCCUUAGAAUAUAAUCCAGGUAGCUACAACUUUAAUAAUAACUCGGACUACAACCCUACUCCUCUUGCUGCUGCUAGCCGGUCAAGUAAAUACACUCUGGAUGCUUCGCGAUCUAAAGGUAGCUCACUGGAAUAUGUUCCCAAGGCUGUAGUACAGAAUAAAAAAUACAGUAGCACUGUCACUAACAAUAAAUAUGUGAUUGAUGACUCUAAGCCUUCUACAGACUUGGAAUAUGACCCGCUUUCAAAUUACUCAGCCAGGCUUUUGAGCAAAGCCGCAACAAAAGAGUCAAAGGGGUCUAAAAGGGGUAGAGUGUCUAGUUAUGAGGAAUCUUAUUCUCCAUCGCGAAAGAAACUCUGUGAAGUACCCGAUGACUAUGAAGUGUAUGCCAGGUUCUCUUCCUCUGAAGAUGAGGCUGAUGUGGAAUAUAAGCCAACUUCUGUUAGUUCACAAUCAAAAGCUGGUUCUGAAAGUGAAUCAAAUGAGGGGUUAUCCAAAAAAGAGCAGAACACCAAACCAGAUCACUUCGCUUCCCAGGACGACAAAGAAGUGGCAGCGCAACGUGGCAUGGAGGACUUUCCAAGUUCACAGAAAAAUCUUGCCAAAAACUUAUCAGACAAGAAUGCAAAAGCAGCAAAAUUGUGUUCCGGUAAGAACGACCAGGAAAUUGAAAAUAAAAACAAAGACUCAAAAGACAAAACAAAAAGGAAGAAAUCAGAUGUUAGUAAAACAGCUGGCCUCAGUGAGGUCGGUAAGAAGGAGAAAAGUAAAGAUACAGAAAAAGACAAAGUGCUCAAGAAAGACGAAAAGUUAAAAACCAAGAAUGAAGAGAAAACCUGUAAAGAUAAAAGUGUCAAAGUAAAAACCGAUGGAAAUUUAAAGAAACCUGAAAAACAAAAGUCAGAAAAAGUAGAUGGGCUUAAGAAAGAAAAAUCUAAGUCUGGCAGCAGUUGUUCAGGGAAAAGCAAGAGUGAGGGUGUCAUCAAAGGCUCUAGUACUGAGAAGCUGGGGAGCAGCAAGAAAGACUCCAAACUGAAAGCAGCUGACAUGAAAACUGGUAAAGAAGCCUCUGGUCGUAAAAACAAAGAGAAAGGGACCAAGACUCCAGCACUGGAGCGAAAGAAAGAAAAGGUCAGUUCUACAGAAAAAGGAGAUCCAAAGAAGGGUCGGAAGCAGCGGAGUUUGAGUCACGUUGACCUGUUUGGCGACGAGAGUGGGGAUGAUGAUGACAAAGGCCGGCCUUUGCCAUCCACAUUACUUGACGUGAGCUCAGACUCUGAUGGUGAUGACCGUGGUUCAGACUCUGAGAGUGAAAAUGAAGGGACAAAGAAAGUGAAGCGCUCCAAAUUGUCAAAGUCAUCGUCAUCUUCCUCAACAUCUGAUGAUAUUGAUUAUUCCAUCCUUGAGAAAGACUUGGACUUUGAGUCAGAUCCAAUGGAAGAGUGUCUCAGGAUUUUUAAUGAAUCCACAGAUGUGAAAACUGAAGACAAGGGAAGGCUGGGGAAACAGCUAUCCAAGGAGGAAGGAAAUGAAGAAAAGACAGAAGAUAAUUUAACUACCUUGUUUCCUGGCCAAAAAAGAAGGAUCUCUCAUCUUGUCAAACAAGGAAAUGCAGAGGUCCCGAGCAAGCCCGUAAUCCGGCCGUACCGUCCCCCCACUGCUCAGGAGGUCUGUUACCAGAGGAUCCAGCUGGCUCAGCAGCAGGCGGCACAGCUGGCUGUGGCCGUUCAAAAGGCCUCUCUUUCUUUGCCAGGAGAAAAGAAGAGGAUUGCUCACGUGCCAAAUGCAGCCCUUUCUGCAGCAGCCAAACAAAGCCUUCUGAGUAGCAAGACGAGUGUUGCUGGCAGGAGCGUCACACCUUCCAAUGACUCUGAAGCACCCACCCUUUCUCUGAAGGCUUGCACCUUAGCUGGGAUGGCUUCAAAGACCACCAGCACCGUCGUGCCGAAAAGGAUAGCACAUGUUCCCUCCUUACAGAGCACCAGCUUACAGAGGCCUGUUAUUCCCACAGAAUUUGGUGCUAAAGUCCCAACAAACAUUCGUCAAAGAUAUCUCAAUCUCUUCAUUGAUGAGUGCCUGAAAUUCUGCUCCUCCUCCCAGGAAGCAUUUGACAAGGCUCUGGCAGAAGAGAAGGUGGCUUAUGAACGUAGCACCAGUCGCAACAUCUACCUGAAUGUGGCAGUGAACACCUUAAAGAAGCUCCGAAGUCUAGUGCCCAAUUCCCCGUCCAGUAUGAACAAGACAAGUAACAAGAAAGUGGUGUCCCAUGAAGCUGUGCUGGGAGGGAAGCUUGCUGCAAAGACGAGCUUUACUCUGAACCGGUCAGGGAGCUUGAGAGCAGAGGAUUUAACAGGAGCCGCCUUGUACCGGCGACUAAAGGAGUAUCUCAUGACUGAGGAGCAGCUAAAGGAAAACGGUUACCCAAUGCCUCACCCAGAGAAGCCCGGCCGCGCUGUCCUCUUCACUGCAGAGGAGAAGAAAACAACUGACUCCUCCUGCAGGAUUUGUUGUCGCUGUGGCACUGAGUACAUGGUCUCAGCCUCAGGAAACUGCAUUCGCAAAGAGGAGUGUGUACAUCACUGGGGAAGGCUACGCAAGCAGAGAGUGCCAGGUGGAUGGGAAACUCAUUACAGCUGCUGCUCAGGAGCUGUGGGUUCACCAGGCUGCCAGGUUGCUAAACAACAUGUCCACGAUGGACGAAAGGAGAGCCUUGAUGGCUUUGUGAAGACUUUUGAGAAGUUGCCUACAACUGAUGGCUACCCUGGAAUCUACGCGUUAGACUGUGAAAUGUGCUACACCAAGCAAGGACUGGAGCUGACAAGAGUAACUGUGAUCAACUCUGACCUGAAAGUGGUAUAUGACACCUUCGUCAAACCGGACACCAAGGUGGUGGACUAUAACACCAGAUUCUCAGGUGUGACAGAAGAGGAUCUGGAGAACACUAGUAUCACCUUGCGGGAUGUCCAAGCCGUCCUACUCAACAUGUUCAGUGCAGAUACCAUAUUGAUAGGGCAUAGCUUGGAAAGCGACUUAUUUGCACUAAAGCUUAUCCAUGGCACAGUGGUGGAUACCGCGAUCGUCUUUCCCCACCGGCUGGGUUUGCCUUACAAACGGGCUCUCCGGACGCUGAUGGCAGACUACCUCAAGCGCAUCAUCCAGGACAAUGUGUCUGGCAGUAGCUGUGAACGGGCCAGCAUAUGAAGUCUCUGCGACAGGCAGUUUCAGUUUGAACCCUGUUCUGAGGGCCAGCAGUACUUGCUUCUUCCCUCCCUGUGCUAAGUGGGGACCCGAGAAGUGGUGUGAGAAGGCCAGAGGUAGCUCUGCCACGGCCAUGUCCUGCCCUCCCUUCUCUCUCUGGCAAACCAAGAUUGACCUUUCUGUUUGAAGCACGGCAUGUUCCUUUCCGUCUUCCUUGAGCACGUUGUAAACGUACUGCUGGGGAAAUUGAGGCCUCUCUGACCAGCUACUCCACAGCCUGAGGGCCUGCAGACUAGCAGGACUUCAGCCCUUAAUUUAAACGAGGGAAUGGUGUCGGGCUGAAGUCCAGCAAAAACUGUGUAGUGGAAAUUCUACUUUAGAUCCAUCACGGUGGCUCACAGUGAUGACAGAUACAGCAGUGGUUGCUGAGGCAGAGGGCAGUGAGCAGUGUGUCAGGCAGGACCUCGUCUCGGGAAGCCUUGCUCUGUGCUGUGAGCAGUUGCUGUGCAGCGAGGGCUGCCUGGGCCGAGGAGGUAACUGCCAUCCUUGUCUUUCUGUCCCCAGUGGAAGGACACGACUCCAGCGAGGAUGCCAGAGCUUGCAUGGAGCUGAUGGUCUGGAAGAUCAAAGAAGAUGCUAAAGUGAAACGAUGACUUGCGCUUUCUCUCUCUCCUGUUCCUCCUCCACCUCUUUGAAGCAGUGCAAUAAAUGCUCAGAGUAACACUGUCCACCUGUACGCAGCAGCAUGCUACCCCAGACUCCCCGUGCACUCGCAGGUAUCUAUGGGACUUAAGGACGGCUGCUGGUGCAGCUGAACGGCACCAGCUCACUGCUUGUGGGUCCCUGUGUCCAGAUAGUGGCUCUCAGAUCCUCUUUACUCCACCUGAGGGAUACUCUGUGGUACAACAAUUGCCUUGUAGGCAUGGCAAGGUGGUUUUGAGUAGCACAGCCAGAGAGAACUUCUUGGUUCGUAGGAGAAGCUUUUAGAGGUAGGUUGGAUAUGUGCAGAAGGAUCUUUCUGGUUCAGUUAAAGGUAGAUCUUCCCCCCGCCCUCCCCCCAGUAUAACUUAAAUUGCCUCAGUACUUCAAAGCUGAUAGAUUCCCGCAGUGUUUGGAGAAGGGGGGAAAUGGAAGAAAGUUGGGCAGGAAGCUGUAAAGUGAGUGGAUUGCAUAGCUGGUGUGUGAAUGGCGAGCAAGGGAUGGUGAGAGCCGAGGAUCAAGCCAUCUGGGAGGAGAUCCCAGUGCAGUCCCGCUGUGGAGGAGAGAGCCAGAGCUGCAAGAGAGGGAGGCUGGCUGAGAGCGUGCGGUGGGAGCAGCAGGUUGGAGACAAAUGAGAUGGGGUCAGGGGAAUUAGCGCCUGCUGUGACCCAGGUGAUCUCUUCGUGGUUCUGCAAUCGUUGCAAAAGGGGGACACCACAAGUGUCAGACCUUGCCCAGAGCUCAGGGAGCCCUGCGUGUAGUAGCAGGGCUGGGACAAACUGGGCUCCCAGUGCGCAGCAGCAACUUGCAGCCUUCCAGGGGAGGAGCUGUGUUGGGGAUGACAGUGGUAAGAGCAGGCAUGGUGUCUUUGCGGGUUAAGCUGUCCUUCCCCUGACCGUCCAGCGUGUCUCCAGCGAGCUUCUAUCUAGGGAUGAAGGUUUUUCGGGGACCUAGGUGCAGCUAAGAUUACACCUGAGAGUGGCCCCUAGCUGUCUGCAGGACUCCCCGCCAGUCUGUCCCUGACAGCAGGGACUUGCUGCAGGCAAGAGCAAAAGCAAUAGGUAAAAGUUAUUCUUUUAACUAGUUUACGUGUUGGGUGUUUUAAGAAGAGCGAAAGACCCAGUUAUUUUCUGUCUGCCUCCCUGCACAAAAGCAACUGUUGAGGGUGCGUCUCUGUCGCGCUAGCGGCGACUGGGGCAGGAGCACAGGCAGACUGGGCGGCUCUAGCGGUCUCUCUCCGGGCAGGGACCAACAGAGCUGAUUGAAACGGUCCCUGCCACAUGAGGUCUGUUAGCUGAGGUCCAGGCAGCAGCUCAGCCCCAUUAUUAGAGCAGCGACCGCCUCACCCCCCAGGUGGGACCGGCAUUGCUUCCCAGUGGUGGCUGGCGUGGUGCUGGCCCCGUGUCCCUGGCACGGGCUGGCUUUGUUGCUCCGGUGGCAGUGGGGCAGGGGAGCUGCUGGGGUUUGGUUCCUGUCAGAGCCGGGCCCGGCUCGUUCCUUUGUACCCCCGCUGGCAGCGCUGGGCUCGGAGUUUGGGGACGUGCUGCGUGUCCCCUGGCACGUCCUGCUGACCUGUCCCACCUCCGUGCCCAGCGUGGCGGUGGGGAGGAGCGCGGGGCUGGGCUGUGCGUCACAGGCAGCGCUGUCCUGCUCAGCCCCUCUGCCUGGGGCCGGAGGGUGUGGGAAGGUGCGUGAGCCCUGGGGGGCUCUCCCCGUCCCGUGCUCGGAGGCUUCCAGCACCUGACCUCUGCCAGGCUCUGCUGAAGCCACCAGGAGAAGUGGGGACCGUGAAGGCUCCUGUUAUUGCUGAGCCCUUCUGUGUUUCCUCCGGCAGGCAGUGCCAUGGGCUCCCAGCCUGUUUGUUACCCCAAAUUUCGGGCCGUGCAGCUCUGUGCCGCUCCCCCAACGCUCCGUAGGGCACAUCCAGCUCUCCUUGCAGCCCGCCUUUGCCAAGCAUUGCAGCCGCCUCCUUCCCUGCCACGGGGCUUCCAUGUGAAGCGACCUCGGGACGCCUCGUCUCAUCCCCCUCUCCCGUGGCCCGUAGGGAACGAUGCUGUUCCUGCCCAGGCCGUGGGAGAGACGGAGACAAAGUUCAGUGCUUCCUAACCAGGGAGGGAAAGUUUAUUCCCACUUCUGCCUCUUCCCCUUGUUUAUCCCCCUGUUUAUCUUCACCCCUGGCUGCAUACCUGGAGCAGCCCGCCGAUCUACUGUGCCGAUUAGAUUUCAAAGCUGGCUUUUGCCUUGAGGUUCCCCCGUUACUCGACAGGCAGUCCCGGCUCGCCAGCCCUCUCCCGCAGCAGCUGCCUUCCCUGGAAAAGCCGGCACGUUUCUAGCACGGAUCCGGUGUGUUGGUGUCCUGCUUGGGGAGCUGGUUGCUUGGCUUGACCCCACCGCCUGGGCUUGGGGAAGGCAGAGCAUCACCGUGGGGUGCGUUCCCCCCCCAGCAUGAGUCCUGCCAGGCCAGGGGACCUCGGUCAUUUCCCCUUCCCUUCCCCACAGUUCAGCUGAGACCCCCUAAAAUGAGGCUUUUGGGGAGCAGGGGGGGAAGUUGCCUGUCUUGCGGGAUGUCGGUGGGAAAGCGGCCACUUCCACCCGUGCUGUCAGUGUGGGUCAGAGUAAGCGUUGGACCCACGGGCUGCCGUCGCCUCCACCCCCGGGUGCUGUUAACACUGUAAAACCAGAGGUUUGUGGUUGGUAAGAGGUUUUUGGGUUGUACGUAACUAUUGUAACCUGUAACUUUUUGUAAUUGUUUUUAAUAAAAGGGUGUUGACUA